AUGAAAUCGACUCUAGAUUCCAAACUAGUGGAUCAUGAGGAUCAGUUGUUGGCUUGGAAUGAUUUGAUUGAGCAAUCGAAAACUGUUGGAGAUGUGGAGAAUCAACAAGGAUCAUCGAAGUACUUCUCUGAUAUUACAACUUUCCACCAAGAGUUUAAUUUUGAUUCAUUGGAAGCACCAGGAACUUAUAUGCAUAAAGCAGAGGAAAAACUGAAAUAUCUCGAAGGUGAAGGUACAUCUGAUCCGAGUUGGCUGAGAAUCACACUGUCUGAGCUCACAUAUCUCAAUGCCCAACUGAAGGGAAUCUCUGAUGCAAUCGAUGUAUUUGAAAAAAGUGUGAAAGCUCUGAACGGUUAUUCAUCUCUGAGGAAAGGGCCUUCCGUACUGGAGCCUUUUGAAAAAAUGAUACACCUCAUUAAAAUACGUGGAUCUUUCCAAAUUUCAUUCACGGAUGAAAGUAAAACAGCUAUUGGCAGCAGUCUAAAAUUGGUCCUCGGACUUUCAUCAGAUUCUAAAACUGUUUCUAAAGGAAUCCAAACUGCAAAUGACCUGUCAGAAUCAAUUUCCAUGCCUAGAAUACACCAGAAGAAGUUCACCAGUGGAUUUAUGAAUGGUUUAUCUGAUCUGAAGCUGUUGGAAGUCGAAUCUAGAGAUCCAUGGAUUGGAAAGAUGACAGGGGCGGAAGGAGAGAGAUUGGGUAAUCUGGCAAAUGGAUUAGAGCCUUUGUUCAAAGUACAAGAACAGUUGAAUGGCUUAGAUGUUAAACUCAAACCUAUCUCAUCAAGAAGCAUUCUACUUUCCAUGUCUAAAUUUAAAACCCUCUCUACUUAUCUUUCAAAUCUAGAUUCUAGUUCUUCUGAAAAAGUUGGAAGUUUGCUUGAUGAGUUGAAAAAGUGUAACGGAAAAAGAACGCUCCUUCCAAAUGAAUACGAAAGCAGUGAAAAAGUGGUCGAGACGGCGAAAAAGCUGAAAGCUCUUUCUGAAAAUGCUAACGCCGCUUUGGAAGGUCUCGACACGACACAAAUUAAAGCAACAAUUGACGGUGUUAUGAAAUCUUUGGGAUUUCAAGAUUUCGAAUCACAAGCUGCCAAAGAUAUCGAUUCGGUGAUGGAUAAUAUCAAGAACAAAAAUGGGUUUAAGAGCAUAAGAGAGAAUAUCAAACAGUUGAAAACUCGUUUCGCAAAUAUUCCAAAAUCCCUUAAAGACGAAGUCAAAACUAUGAUUGACGACUCGACGAAAUUAAACAUAUUCAGUGAAGAAGUGGGUGUUCAUAAGUGUCUUCAGAAGUUGACUGAUGAUUCCGCAAACGUUUCUCUGGGUGUUUUGGCAGCUCAAAAGAUUCGGAAUCUAGAUUUAGAUGAGAUCAAGAAUGUUGAAACAGCGGUUUCAGCAAUCUCCCAAGUUUCAAAAGGUCUUUCGGUCCUCAAGAACAUUCCAAGUACUAUGAACCAAGGAACUAAAGAUGUGACGACGUCAAUCAAUGAGUUCCCAGAUUCGAUUGCUCAGUCCAAAGUCAUCGGACAGUCUGUAGCAUCUCUUCAUAAUGCUUAUGGUUUGAAACGUAUGGAAUCUCAAAUUGCUCAACUCGCAAGCGUCGGAGCUUCUGUGACAUCUGAAAUUCAGAAAAUCCAGAAUCCUGAGGAACGUAAGAAGGUUGAAAAACAAUGGGGUGACCAUAAAUCGGACAUUUCGAAAAUCCAAAAAUCGUUGAAUGAUAUCAAAUCCUUUGACUCCAAAAUUCCAACAUCUAAUACAAUUGGCCAACUUGGAAAUCCAUUUAAAAAUCUAGUCUCUAUUUCAAGUGCCAAAAUCAAUGUCAAAGAAAAAUCGAAAUCAUUGAAGUUCUUGAUUUCUCAGGAUAAAAUUGACCCAAAUAUGAAGUCAGAGCUGGAGGAAAGUCUGAAGACAUUGGAAGAAUUGGAAACUCUUGAUUUGGAUUUUUCAAGUCACAAAAAUCAAUUCCGAAAUGCUCCAAACGCUUUCAACGCUUUCCAUAAUGAUGAACAGGAUAUGGCUAUGACUAUAAUCUACGUCGGCGUUGGCGUCAUUGUACUACUUGCAAUUCUGGCUGGAAGUAUUGCCUACUACUUUUGUGUCUAUAAAGUCAACAAAAUCAAAAAGGCUGUCAUGGAUUUCAUUAAAGAAAAUCGAUUGAUCAGUGCAAAAGAGGCCAAAGAAAAACACCAACAGGGAGUAAUUAAACUGAUUGGAAUCAGAAACACUGGCAAGGAAAAGAGACUUAGACUUAUCCCGAAAAACAAAAGAAGUGGUUGGUUGGCUCCGCCUCUGAAUCCCGACACUCGAGUGAUAGUUAACGAUGAAGUGGAUCCAUAUCAUGCUACGAGGAUUGCCACUAGAUCAAAAAUAGUCUACGUGGCUGCUGAGGUUCCUUUGGGAGACAGUACGACAGGCAGGACGGUGAACACAUGUGACGAUUUUUGGAAUUUGACAAUGGACCAAGGAUCGGAAUUUAUCGUUUCAUGUGCAGCUUACUCGGAUCGUAGCCGUGCAGUCUACUAUGGACGUAAAAUCAAUGAGGUCAAGGAAUUCGACCGGUUCAAAAUCACUACAAAAACGAAGACUGCGUUUAUACAAGACAAAGUGACUUGUAGAGAAUUGGAGGUUGAAGAUAAAUCUGGCGUCUACCCGACUAGAACCAUUAAGCACUUCCAUUUCUUGAAAUGGCACUUGAAAAUGAUUUUUACCGAACACGAACCGGUGUUUGAGGUCUUAAAAGUGGUUAAUACAAGCAAGAAACCCGUGAUUGUGCACUGUGUACGUGGAACCGCCAACACGAUGGUUUUCAUUGGGCUACAGUAUGUCUACGAAGAAGUUCUUUUCAAUCCGAAAGUCAAGUUUUGGGAUGUGAUUCGGGAAUUGUGUGAAAUUCGUUGGGGUUCGUUUGGUUACAAGGACGAAACGAUGUACGUGUUGACUGGGGUCUUCUAUCAACUCAUCAAGAAAUUCAAACUGCAAAUGACACCGUACACUGAGGACUUCGCAAUUAUGAUGGAAUGUCGAGUAAUGACAAAUAAAGAAGUGGACGAAAAAUACAAAAAACGAAAGGAAAAUGGUGAAGGAGGUGUAUUCUUCAUCGCUGCAUGGGCUGGCGAAAAGCAGGACAACAAAGAGGAGCUGAAAGAAUGGGAUGAAAAGAAAAUUUCAGGAAAUAAAUGA